UUAGAAUCAAGGGAUCCAGGAUCAUCCACAAGGCUGUCUGCCCAGGCAGAUGUGCUGAGGCUUUAGAAAGCACUUUUUUAUUUGGUUGAAAGUUUGUGCAUAAAGGUAAGAGGGGCUGCUGAUCUGUGGACCACAGAGGUGACCCAUGGCUGAGGCGGAACUGGAUAUCGGAGAGAAGUCAGCAGGUGAACAUAAGCAAGAAGGCACCAGUCCACACUCGACAACUGCCCCAAGUGUUAAUGCCAAACCUGACAACACCUGCCUAGAGUUGGUGCUUAAAGUAAGAAUUCAGAGCCCCAAAGAAAAUGACUUCAUUGAAAUUGAACUGCACAGACAAGAGCUGAGUUAUCAAAACCUACUAAAAGUGAGUUGCUGUGAACUGGGGAUUAACCCAGAGCAAGUGGAGAAGAUCAGAAAGCUACCUAACACUCUGCUCAGAAAGGACAAAGACAUUCGAAGACUACAGGACUUUGAGGAAAUAGAACUCCUUUUAAUGAAAAAUGGAAGCUCUGAAUGGAUACAGUACACACCAUCUCUAACAGAAAAGUCCUGCUACAAUAGUAAUGCUGCAAAAAUGACUUAUUAACCCCUCAAAUUAAACAGGAAUCAUUAUUUUAUAAUAAUGCUGGAUACAUAUGAAGUUUGACUUCAUGAUCUCCAAAUUCUGAGCUGGGAGAAAAGUAAAUUCAAAAGGGCUUUGACGGUAAUCUCAGUUUCUUGGGAGGCUACAGUAAGGCACAAAGAAUAAAUUGGAGGCCAACCUGGACAACUUAAAUACAUCCUGUCUCAAAAUAAAGAGGGCUGGGGAUGUGGCCUUUGACAAACACAGCUAUCACAUCCACACCAAAGCAAAUUAUUUUGUAGUGUUGCACCCCAAUCAGAAUUAGGAAUCAAUAUGCUUUGCUGAGAUUCAGCCAGAGCAAAUGACAGGGGUAUCCUUCAUGUGAACCCCAUUAAUGGCAGAGCAACAAUACCUAUUUUUAAAAACACUUGACUUUCUUUUUGUGUGAUACUAGGGAUCCAAUGCAGAGCUUUGUGUAUGCUAGGCAAGUGCUGUUACCAAUGAGCUACAUCCCCAGUCCUAUCUGCAUACUUUUAAACUUACCCAUAAAAUGGCAUGAUUUAUAUAACCCAAGUUAACUACCUUUAAGACUUUUUAAAAGAAAACUUACAGAAUAGUCAAGCAUAGC